GAGAAAUGAAUAGGUGACGUAAACUCUCAUUCCGCAGAGUGAAACAAACAUGGCGACAGAAUGCAGUUGGAAAGGGUACACGCUAACUUUAAUGUUGUUCUUUUGGAGUAGAGUCUAUGCGAAUAGAGCGGAAUCCUGGGGGAGCGACAGCCGGAUCCUCGGCAUGCGGUUGGAGAGGAGCGUCAAGCCUGCCACGACCACCGAGGAUGGGAUCAUACAGGUAUCCGAGGACAGCGACAUCCAGCUCAGGUUCUACGGACUGCAGAUCAGCAAUGACACUUGGGAGCAGAUUAAGUUCGUGGAUCAGAGCGAGGGCAGGAGCUCUGACAUCAACACUACUUGUGUUGACUUCACCAAAGACAUCUCCAUCAGCAAAAGUAUGAAUGUCAACAGCCAGGGCACCUCUGGGGUGCUGGGGGUCCAAAUUAAAGCACUUAGGAAAAGUGAGUCCCAGAGGGAAUAUGCGCUGUGCAUCAGACACAGCCAAGAUGGGAAGUGGUACCUGCUGGAAGAAGAUGAUGGAAGGUUGCGCGUGGUGGAGAUGAAGAAGUCGCUGCUUCCCAUUUGGUUCCAGAUCAUCUUGAUAGCCUGCCUCCUGGUGCUCUCAGGGAUGUUCAGUGGUCUAAACCUGGGGCUCAUGGCUUUGGACCCCAUGGAGCUGCGGAUUGUGCAGAGUUGUGGCACUGACAAAGAGAAGAAGUACGCACGCAAGAUCGAGCCCAUACGGAGGAAAGGAAACUACCUGCUGUGCUCUCUUCUCCUCGGGAACGUGCUGGUCAACACCACGCUGACCAUCCUGCUCGAUGAUCUCAUCGGCUCAGGUCUGGGGGCUGUGGUGGCGUCCACCAUCGGGAUAGUCAUCUUCGGCGAGAUCGUUCCUCAGGCGCUCUGCUCUCGCCACGGCUUGGCGGUGGGUGCCAACACCAUCCACAUCACCAAGUUCUUCAUGCUUCUGACCUUUCCAUUGUCCUUCCCCAUCAGCAAACUCCUGGACUGCGUGCUAGGCCAGGAGAUCGGCACCGUGUACAACCGAGAGAAGCUGGUGGGCAUGCUUAAGGUGACCGAACCGUACAAUGACCUGGUGAAAGAGGAGAUGAACAUGAUCCAGGGAGCUCUGGAGUUGAGGACUAAGACCGUGGAGGACAUCAUGACUCCUCUCAGCCACUGCUUCAUGAUCAACAGCGACGCUGUCCUGGACUUCAACACCAUGUCGGAGAUCAUGGAGAGCGGAUACACGCGCAUUCCCGUUUAUGAGGACGAACGGACCAAUAUCAUGGACAUCCUCUUUGUGAAAGACCUGGCGUUUGUGGAUCCGGAUGACUGCACUACGUUGAAGACCAUUACUAAGUUCUACAACCAUCCGGUCCAUUUUGUGUUUCACGACACCAAGUUGGAUUCCAUGCUGGAGGAGUUUAAAAAAGGUAAAUCCCACUUGGCGAUUGUUCAGAAAGUCAAUAACGAGGGCGAGGGAGAUCCGUUCUAUGAGGUGCUGGGAUUGGUCACCCUGGAAGAUGUCAUCGAGGAGAUCAUCAAAUCAGAAAUCCUGGACGAGUCUGACCUCUACACUGAUAACCGCAACAGAAAGAAAGUGGCACACAAUAAGAACAAGCGAGACUUCUCUGCCUUUAAACACGAGAGUGAGUCUAAAGUCAAGAUCUCUCCUCAGCUGCUACUGGCCGCUCACCGCUUCCUAGCAACAGAGGUUAAUUUGUUCAGUCCAUCGCUGAUAUCAGAGAAAAUCCUUCUGCGUAUCCUUAAACACCCUGAUGUGAUCCAGGAGAUCAAGUUCAACGAGAACGAAAAGAAAUCUCCACAUCACUAUCUUUACCUGCGUGGCAAACCCGUGGACUACUUCAUCCUCAUACUUCAGGGUCGUGUGGAGGUGGAGGCUGGGAAUGAAAACAUGAAGUUCGAGACUGGACCUUUCUCUUUCUAUGGAGUCAUGGCUCUCAGCGCUCCAACAUUAGAAUUCCGCUCGCCCUCUCACAUCAGCGGACUCAACCGAUCUGCGUCUCUAAACUACACGGAUCACCCUGAACCUCAGUCUGUUGGUGGCAGCAACACACAGCUCAGCAGCGCUCCAUUGCCACAGUACACACCAGACUUCAAUGUCCGAGCUCUGGCAGACCUACAGUUUGUGAAGAUCACACGCUCUCAGUAUCAAAACGGUCUGAUGGCGUCUCGGCUGGACAGCUCGCCCCAGUCUCCAGACAGCGGACACGGCCGUGUGAACAACAGCACAUCAUCCAUUCCCGAUCCCUCGUCGGAAAACACGCUCGCGCUCACGGAUGCCCCCGACGAGACGACCUCGCUCCUCAUCGAACAGAACAGCCAACCCAUGUGCCAGGCCAACCACAGCACACACAACGAGAGUGCCAUUUGACACACUCACACACAAUUCACCGAUAUCCCACACAAACCCAUUGGACAUUUAGCACUUUUCCCCAGACCCGUUUUAGCGCUAGACAUUACAGUAGAUUACAGAAGAGCAAUAGUUUGCUGAGACAUCUAAAGAAGACUUUGUGUAACACAUUGUGCAAGACGAAGGCACAGAGAAGCCAAAGUGUAUCUGGACUGAGAAAGGACCCCUGUUUCAGACAGACUCUCUGGGGUGUUUUAUAGACUGUGCGAAUAGAGCCGUUUCUAUAUACAUGAAGAUGUUUAUUUUGUCAUUUUUCUAUUGAGGUUGCUCACAGAAACGCGAAUGAGGGAAACCUUUUGUGGAUGCCUUUUUAUUUGGUGUUAGUCCAUAGCUCUGUCAUAUUUGUAUCAAAUUCUAUAUGUGUGUGAGAGUGAAAAUGAAAGUGAGUACACGUGCCAGUGUAUGUUUGUAUAUACGACAACGCAUGAGUCCGAUUUGGCCGUUGCAGCCCACGUAAGCAACAACUCAGGGAGACGCUGAGCUUCACAGACUAAUUGCAUGUUCGAUAAUUCCCUAUUGAUUUACGUGAACCCAUGCGACAAGUGAUCAAAAAAAAGUGAAGCAUGCUGUCGUCAAAUGCACCAAACAGUGAAAUACUAAGAUACACUGCAUCUCAUACACAAGUCAUUUCUAUGUCCGAUAUUUCUGCUGGUUGUCUGUGGAGGUUUGUUCAUGUGAUGCAGUGUUUGUGUAAGUGUAAAAUUGUCCUUUUGUCCAAAGUAAUGCAUCGACUUUUUUUUUUUUUUUACUCCAAAGAGAACAAGCAUUUUGUCGUUGUAGUACAACUGUAAUUGGAGUCACUUUUCUGCACAAGACGUUUCUGUGUGAUUAGAGCUCUCGAACUGUAUCCGUUGCUCCCAUUGGACCAGAGGUAAUCUUAACCAAAAGAAUUUGACUAUUUGCUGUAUUUAUUUAGAAUUCAGUUGAGGUUGUAUAUUUCUUAAAUGAUUUUCUUUUUUAUUAUUAUUUUUGUGUGUGAUUUCUUAAAAUUGCUGUGCGUUUUAUAUGCUGGUUGACAUGGUACAGACUACAAAUUGUAGAUGCCUAAAACUAGGAGAUGGCAGGUUCAGGAAGUGACUUCAUAAAAUGUACUGUUUCUUUGCCUUUUUUUUUUUUUUUUGCCUCUGUUCAAAUCUUUUGCUUUUAUACCAAAUAUGUUUGAAACUGAUGAGAACAUGGAAGGUAUCUUACUUAGUCACAUGGACACAAAAGCCUCUUCAGUUAUGUAGCAUCUCUCGAUUCUGAUAAAAAGGGGUGCAAGAACUGCACUGUGUAUUUCUAAUUUUGCUGUUGACAGCUGCUCAGUGUUUUUUUUUUUUUUUUUUUUUUUGAGAAAACACUCCCUGUUCGUUCAAAUUGUUAUUCAAGUUAUAUCCUGUCCUUCUCAAAUUAGUCAUGAAAUACAUUGUGAGUUAACACAGAUUAUUUUUGUUUCUUUAAUGGAAACUGAAGGUGUUAAUUCUAGGGUAUUGAUUCUUUUUAUACUGUAUUUUUCCAAGUUAUUUUGUGGUUUGGGAAAGGUCUUCUUUUAGAUGAUCUGAGUUUGGCUAUUAAAUUAUUUAUUUAAUCAGUGUAA